AUGCGCUCUACAUUCUCAGGAGUAGCGGCCCUUCUCGGGCUCGCUGGAUCUGCCACCGCGCAACUGCGAGCCUCGGCCUACUCUGACCCUCAGACCGGUAUCGACUUCCAACGCUACCUGCCUUCCGCCUACCCCUACAGCUUCGGUAUCGCGGUUCCCGAGACCAUCGGAACGGACUUCAUUGGUCAGAUGGUUGUGCCCAUCUCAACAAAGGGUAACUGGGGUGCUGUCUCGUUGAAGGGUGGCAUGUUGAACGGCCUCCUCUUCGUUGCUUGGGCCGAUGGCGAGGAUAUCAAGACAUCUUUCCGCCUGGGAAGUGCCUACGCCAACCCCGACGUCUACACUGCCACUGAGGUCUCCGCUGUUCCCAUCGCCAACGGUACCUUUGUCAACAGCACUCACUUCUCGUACACCUUCUUGUGCCAGAACUGUAUCAACGACAAGACCAGCUUGGCUGGUGACUCUCCCAUCCUCGGCUGGGCCUACUCCGACACCAGCCCGUCACCCGUCUCUGACUCGGCUGCUGCCCUGAACUACCACUCCGCUGGCUUCGGUCAGUUCGGUCUUGACAUUGCUUCUGCCAAGUCCGCCAAGUUCGACACCUGGUCCAAGUACGCAAAGGCCGUUGAGACUACGCCCGUCCCCGGCAACGGCACAACCACCCCCGUUCCUGGCAACAGCACCAUUCCCGCUCCCACCACCUCCAACACCACAUACGAUGUCAUCGUCGUCGGUGGUGGCCCUGCUGGUAUCAUCGCCGCUGAGCGUCUCGCCGAGAAGGGCUCCAGCGUCCUCCUCAUCGAGCGUGGCCCUGCCAACACUGUCGCCUUGGGCUCUGACAUGGCUCUGCCCUGGAACGACACUCUCACCCCCUACGACAUUCCCGCCCUCGGCAGCUCCAUGACCAGUCUCUCCGGAACUUCCCUCUGCAGUGACACUGCCUCCACGGCCGGCUGCUUGUUGGGAGGAUCCAGCUCCAUCAACGGUCUCAACUUCAUCCACCCCCCUGAGCACGACUGGCAGCGCUGGCCCGCGGGCUGGAACUGGGCUGACGUCUCGGACGCCGCUUCCCGCCUCUACGAGCGUAACCCCGGUACCACUGAGCCUUCCGAUGACGGCAAGUACUACGAUGACUUGACCUUCCGUGUGCUUUCUGGCCUCCUGAGCGCCAAGGGCUGGAACGAGGUUGACUCCAUCGAGUCUCCCAACGAGAAGUCCUCCGUCUUCUCCCGCCCUUCGUGGUCCAUCAAGGACAACCUCCGUGCCGGCCCUGCCCGUACCUACAUGCCCUUCGCCCAGCAGCUGCCCAACUUCACCCUUAAGCUGGAGACCAAGGUGAUCCAGGUCCUCCGCACUGGCAGCAAGAUGACCGGUGUCCUCACCCAGGCCGCCGACGGCAGCACCCAAAUCAUCAAGGUCAACGCUGGCGGUAAGGUCGUCCUCGCCGCCGGUGCCAUGUCUUCUCCCCGUCUCCUCUGGAACUCUGGUAUCGGCCGCUCUGAUGCCCUGGAGAUCGUCAAGUCCGGAGCCGCCAGCACUGGUGUCACCCUUCCCGACCAGGCCGACUGGAUCGACCUCCCCGUCGGACACCACCUCCAGGACCACGCCCAGGUCAUGCUCCAGUUCAACUCCAAGACCAACUUCAGCGCCUACGCUUUCAACGCCAUCGCCUCCAACCCCGUCACCAGCGAUCUGAACCUGUACAAGGAGGGCUCUGGUCCCAUCACCCAGGCCGCUCAGCGUAUGCACCUCUGGACCUCCGCCGAGGGCUCCGACGGCCGCACCCGCUACCUCCAGGGUACCGCCAGCGCCAUGCAGAACGGCAUCAUCACCGUCCGCACGUUCCUGACCCACGGCACCUCCACCCUCGGCGAGCUCGGCAUCACCGCCUCCGGCAACACCGUCCUCAACACCAAGCCCUGGUUGAUCGACGCCGCUGACAAGAAGGCCAUGUCCGACUUUGUCCAGUACUGGCUUGAUCUCACCAGCGGCAGCAACUCCACCCUCAGCUACGUCACCCCCGGUGCCACCCCCGACGACAUCAUCAGCACCAAGAUGAUCUCUGGCGACCACUGGGUUGGCAGCGCCAAGAUGGGCACCGACGAUGGCCGCAAGACGGACGGUACCGCCGUUGUCGACCUCGACACCAAGGUCUACGGCACCGACAACCUCUUCGUCGUCGACGCCUCCAUCCACCCUGACUUGCCCACCGGCAAUACCCAGUCCAUCAUCAUGAUCACCGCCGAGCACGCUGCCGAGAAGAUUGCCGCCGUCACCGUUACCGGCUCUUCCAACUCUACUGCCCCCGAGGCCAGCAAGUGCAACGGUGUCACUAAACGCGCUCAGCGCCAGGCCAUGCGUUUCAGACGCCAUGCUCACCUGCACUAG